CACACACACAGACACGCACACGCACGCACAGCCGGACUCCCCUCCUCUUUCUAUCUCCACCUCUGGAAUCUCCUCUUGUCGCCGCUGCCACUGCCUCGGCUGCCGUCUCUCCCUCCACAUCUCUCCGCCUCCCCUUUGGGCAUUUCCCGGGUACCCGAGCACCUGUUGGACACAGAGAGAGUCAGCGCGUGCGUCUGUGCGUGUGUGUGUGCGUGUGUGGGUGUGGGUGUGGGUGUGUGUGUGGAUGAGGGGCCGGAGGGGUGACCGGAUGACCAUCAACAUCCAGGAGCACAUGGCCAUCAACGUCUGUCCGGGACCCAUCCGGCCUAUCCGACAGAUUUCCGACUAUUUCCCCCGGCCGGGCCCCGAGGUGGGCGGGGGAGACCCUCCCGCCCAGCUCUCCCCAGGAGCGGGGGCCACCGCGGGGCUCGCGUCCCUGGCCCUGUCCCCUGGGGGAGGACUUCGGGGAGCAGGGGCUCCGGAGGAGGGGGCGGAAGUGGACAGCUACGACUCGGAUGACACCACUACCCUGGGGACCCUGGAGUUUGACCUGCUGUAUGAUCAGGCCUCCUGCACUCUACACUGCAGCAUCCUCAGGGCCAAGGGUCUCAAACCCAUGGACUUCAAUGGCCUAGCUGAUCCCUAUGUCAAGCUGCAUCUCCUACCAGGGGCCUGCAAGGCGAACAAGCUGAAGACCAAGACGCAGAGGAACACGCUGAACCCCGUGUGGAACGAGGAUCUGAUGUAUCGGGGCAUCACGGAUGAGGAUAUCACCCGCAAGGUGCUCAGGAUUGCGGUGUGUGACGAGGAUAAGCUGAGCCACAACGAGUUUAUCGGGGAGACCCGGGUGCCCCUGAGACGCCUCAAACCCGCGCAGAAGAAGCAUUUCAACAUCUGCCUGGAGCGGCAGGUCCCGCUGGCCUCCCCUUCGGCCAUGUCGGCUGCCUUGCGAGGCAUUUCCUGCUACCUGAAAGAGCUGGAGCGAGCCGAACAGGGCCAGGGUCUGCUGGAGGAGCGGGGGCGCAUCCUGCUCAGCCUGACCUACAGCUCCCAGCAGCCCCGGGGGUUGCUGGUGGGCAUCGUGCGCUGCGCCCACCUGGCAGCCAUGGAUGUCAAUGGCUACUCUGACCCCUACGUCAAGACGUAUCUGAGACCCGACGUGGAGAAAAAAUCAAAGCACAAAACUGCCGUGAAGAAGAAAACCCUGAAUCCUGAAUUCAACGAGGAGUUCUUCUAUGAGAUGGAGCUUCCAGCCCUGGCCACCAAGACCCUGGAGAUAACCGUCUGGGACUACGACAUUGGCAAAUCCAACGACUUCAUCGGUGGGGUGUCUCUGGGGCCCGGCUCCCAAGGCGAGGCACUGAAGCACUGGGGAGAGUGCCUGCGGCGGCCAGACACGGCACUGGAACACUGGCACACCCUGACCAGCGAGCUGCCCCCCGCCUCCUACUCCGCCUGACCUCCCGGCCCGGGGACGGCAGGCGGCAGGGGCGGCUCGGGGCCCGACCGCGCUCCUCCCUUCGGCCGGCCCGCGCUCCUCCUCUGGCGAGACAGUAAGAGGGGGCGGGGGAGCUUGAAGGGCGUGAUCGGCCCGGCUCGAUCUCUGAUUCUCUGGUCUCUCGGUCCCCCAGCUCCCAGCUCCGAGUGGGGGAUGGGACGUAUUGGGAAGGGGGCCGUCUUCUGCACUGAGCCGGGGGAUGUCUUUAGGAGAAACCGAACGCUCCGUUUCUCCAGCGGUCCCCUCCUCCACGGCCGUGGGGGAGGUGGGGGACUCGGCUCCUCUAGUCGGAAAAGAAACAGAAAACCCGCCCCUGUUAUCACAGAGGGAGAAAGGGAAGGGGGAGAGGGGAUGUGAUUGUGACUAAAUUUCGCACGAGUGUGUUGCACGUUUACACGGGGGGAGAGAAGGGCUCACGCUUCCUCACCGCCCCCCAACACUUCCUGUCUUAUUUCGUGAGAUUCACUUUGUUAAUGUGGGGUUGUCUUUUUGUGGGGGUUGGGGACCGGGACAGGGACAUAUGCAAAUUUCCUACUGCCUGAUGUGAUGUUAUAUGCAAAUAAACCACAGCACACGCAUGUGUAAAGGAGGGGGGGAUUUUUUUAAUGCCCCUCUCCCUCUGGGGUCAUUUCUCCUCUUUCCCACCUCUCCAGGCUGCCCCGGCAAAAAUCCCUUCAGAAGGGGAGAAAAGCCGGAUUCGGGGAGGAUAAGGUGGGGAGAAAGUUUACAGGAAAAAAAAACACCACCCAAUGACAAAAAUUUUGGUUUGUGGCCAAAAAAAAAAAAAAAAAUCAGCACUGGUAACCCACCCCCGUUAGAGGGUGGACAGUCCCGUGAGCUUUGCCUUCAGGAAUGGGAGACAGGCAUGCCCGGUCUCCCCUGGAAGUACCUUGGUCUGCUCCUUUACGGCAUAUUCUUUUGGGGCUGCAAUCCAGAGAUCGGGAGGACGCUCCCCUUAAGGGUUCGGGCGCCAGUGUUGUCUUUUCUGCUUUGCAAGGCCCACCCUUUCUAUAAAAUUUGCCUCCUGCAGUCAAAAAAAAAAUAAAUCUAAGAAAAAGGGACUGACUCGUUAAAGGAACAGCAGGGUAUUUCCACUCUUUCAGGGGUGAGGGAGAAUGGGGGGGUGGAGCCGGUGUGGGGGCUUCCUCUCCGCCCCUCUUCCCCCGGCCCCCGCUCUGUCGGUCCGUGUUGCAUGUUUAUAAGCCUUUUGAUUGUGUCGAUGCCAAAACCACGGAAACCGAAAAAAAUCAAUAAAAAGUCUCAGAGAAGCAAAAA